AGGCUGUGAAACGUUGAGAAAUUCCUCAGUUGCAUAAUCACAGGAUGACUGACAUCCAAAAUUGAGGCUUUAAAAGGCGACAUGGACUGCAGCUCGAGCACAAAAUUCCAGUGGCAGAUCCAGGCCUGACUCCUACAGGCUCAGCAGACGCUCGUUCCGAUCAACACAGAUAGUCACCAUGAACUGCAAACUGGCGGUUGCCAUCUUCACUGUCCUUCUGGCUGCUCUGACCAUUACGGAGGCAAUGAGCAUGAGAGGCCUGGGAAAGGAAAUGAAGUGCCGCUGCAUCCAAACCGAAAGCCAGCGCAUCGGCAGGCUCAUCAAAAGCGUGGAGAUCUUCCCUCCCAGCCAGCACUGCAAGGACACUGAGAUCAUUGCAACCCUGAAAGGGACUGGACAGGAGAUCUGCCUGGACCCCAAUGCUCCCUGGGUGAAAAGGGUCAUGGAGAGAAUCCUGGCAAACAAUAAACCCUGAUGUGUUGAAGAAUUCUGAACGGGAAGAAGACAAUUUCUUGACUGAUGUUAAAUAUGGGAAAGCAUUGUGAUUUUACCAUCUAAAAACAUUACUUAAAACAUUAAACAUUAAAGGCCUUUCA